AUGACUCUCACUCCGGACAAACACAAUCUCGCGCAAAGUAGCCCAGACCUCUACUUCCAAGUCAGUAUCAAUCCUGAUGAUCAGAUGGCUUCCAAAAAGCGACACAGCGGCUUGAAGCUCCAAUACCGCGUCAAGAAGAAGGCGACACCGUGCAUGUCACUCCGAAUGCUUGAAAUGGAACGUCAUCUUCAAGGCAUGCUUCACCAAUCCAUCCUGCACAAACAAUCACCCACCGAGGCGAAUGCGCUUGAGGUACAUCGAAGUGUGCUUACCGCAACCUGCAUGCUCUCUGCCAUAAGCACGAACGUCAGCGAGUAUCAGGACGAGAACAGUCAUCUGAAGCUUCGUCAACAACAGAUGGAGAGAUUGCUGAAAAGUAAAGACCAAAAAAACAAGGGUCUGUUGGCAGCCCUACAAGGUGCCAUUCUGGACGUUGGAGUUGGCCACUGCAACCAAUGUGGCAUGGAGUUCGAAAAAGGCUCACCCUGGAUAUUGGAGAAAUGUGGAGCUCCGUGGUGCUUCAACUGCGCUAUAAAGUCCCAUACCGUAUGCCGUCAUCACAAGAGGCUUGGUAAGCAAAAGUUCCAACGACUCUAUAGCACGAUGUGCGGUGUCUGUGACCUUACCGAUCCAGAAAAGUUGAUCCAAACCUCCUGCGGACACCCUAUCUGUCGAGACUGUGUAACCCUUGAGAAGGGCGAUGGUACGGCCAAAAUUCCUUGCCAUAUUUGUGGCUGCCGCUACGAGUAUCAAAAGUUGUUAGCGUUACCGUCACUUCAGCAUACUCAAAGCGGGGAGCGCACUACGGUACACGGAGAGUUGGUUGCUUGCAAUGAAGAGAAUGAAGAAAGCGAUGAAGAGAAUCAAGCAAUUGAAGAGAUAGGAAAGAAGCCAUUCUAG